AUGGUUGCAGAGGUUUUGGAGUUGGGAAUGGGCAUGAGUCUUGUAACUUCUUUCGCUGGUAUGAUGUGGAGAAACCACAUGGAUGGCAAUAUCUUGCCUUACAGGAGAUGGCAAUAUCUUGCCUUACAGGAGGCGAGAGAAAUAAUGCAGGAGCAGAAAGAAGAGAUUGCAAAUCUGAGGGCCAAGGUAAGAUCAUUAACUCAUGAAUGCUCCAGCGAAUUUUCAAGGGAACUAGAAGAUGAAAUGAAGGAGAAAGGUGAAGAAUGUGAAGCUCUCAAAAGGGAAGUGUUGAUUCUAAGUGAGAGGAGCUCUAUGCUUCGUAAUUCUCUUGUUGCUUCAUAUGUUGGAUUUGGUGUGGUUGUUGGAGGGAUAAUGGUGAUGUCGAGGUGGUGA